AUGAUAAGGUUGGCACGUCCUCGCCUGUUCGUUUUUCAUGUGUGCGCGAGUGCCCUCCUUCCUAUCAACAUCCUGUCAUCAUCCGGACAAUUCCUUUUGGAUGAAUCAGCAGAAUACUACCCCGCAGUGAAGCCGUUUGAAGCCGGGAAAUUCCAGAGUUUUAUCCCGUAUGCCGCACAGCCCCUGACCCCUCUCCAAAAGACCGGUGUCCAGUUGGCUUCAUCCCCCGCUGUGGCGUUGUUUGAAGGCUCUGCAACUGACUACCGCGACGUUCUAGCUGUGAUUCAGACAAACUGGCGGAAGCCCGAGGUCAGUAACCAGCCGGUAACGCAGGACGUCUCCAGCCCUCCAAUUGGGGAGUCUGUCCCGGACAAAAAACCAUCGCUUGUGCGAUCCCGGUCUGCAUCUCUUCCUGCCGUCCAGAAAGAAAAGGAUGAGCAGGCGGAUUCAUCUGCGUCCUCCAAAGCUGAAAGAGUGGCGGAGACAGCCCUCAGCUUAAUAGAGGAGGGACAGUCUCUAUCGUCUCCAUGGCACCGGCCAAACACGCCCGUGGAAGUGCUGAAUGUCCAUACUACUGGAAAAACAGCCACAGGAAUCAAGGCACAGGUUUUGCCGGAACAAUACGGCCCGCACGGUGGCAUUGUCAACGACUCUAUCAUUCGCACAAUGAACCACGAGGCAGUGAUCGAGGAAGCGAAAUGGGAUUUUUAUUUCCCGAAAGCAGAACUCAUCACGAAGGCCAACGACUUCGUCAGGCGUUUUGGCGUCGACUCUCCUGGUCUGACCUCCCCAACACAGAAGCAGAAAUGA